AUGAGUUCUUUCUUGUUUCUCACGUGUGUAGGAUUGUUGUGUGGCCUUGUUGCAGCUGAAAACGUCAUGGAAGUUUAUGACGACAAAGUUGAACCGGCCGAUCGAAGCAUCAUUCUGCCCGGAUCUACUUUCACCCGUGCAUUGUGCCAGUGGCAGGUGGUGACCAACCCGUGCGUGAACAACGUCUUGAAUGCCUUGAACUUUCCCCAACCGAGUGACGCAGCCAAAUUCAUCCAGUGCGGGUUGUACGGACGCAUGAUCAUCGUCCAGUGUCCAGGAGGAGAGGUCUACGACCAGGCAACAUCCUCAUGUAUUAAUCUCAAGGCGGUUGUAUCUGAACCGAUGGACAUCUCCUCUCUUGGAAUUUACUUUCAUUGUACAGCUCAGAACCUCCAAAUGGGCCGGCUAUGCUUCAACGUUUAUACAAGUGAAAAACAAUUCAUCCAGUGCACUGCUGCCGGAAAUGGCCACGUGAUCACGUGCCCUGACCAGCUCAUCUGGGAUCAGAAUAGGCAAUCGUGUGUGUUUGCGCUUCAAGAAGGUUUAUUAAACGGCGCCAACCCCUGUACCGCUCAGGCAAUCAGCGCCCAGGCCUUGUUCUUCUCGCACCCCGAUCCUACCAAGUUCAUCCAAUGUGACCUGCAAGGGAACGCGUUCGUCCAGAGGUGCCCGUCCAGGCUCGUGUGGAAUCAGUACUUUAAGACAUGCGUCUCACAGCUGGCGACAUUCACACUCACCGGGGAGACAAACUAUUUAUGGUCGUGA